CUGUUCCCAUAGAGAUAGGAAAAGGUUGGUUGCCGCCAGUCACAUGAUUUGCACUUGUAGAUGGCUCCUUCUGCAAGGCUGCGAGCUACUUGGGGGCCGUAGAGCCCCCCCGGCCGCACCCCCGCCCGCCUUUGCGCCCUCCUGUUGUGGCGCUUCCCGCCGGAGUACGCGCUGGCGCUGAUCCCGCUAUGGAGGUUUUCAUCCCCUCGUUUCGCUAUGAGGAGAGCGAGUUGGAGAGAGGCUAUACGGUCUUUAAGAUAGAGGUGCUAACGAGCGGAAGAAAGCACUUUGUUGAAAAGAGGUAUAGUGAAUUUCAUGCUCUCCAUAAAAAGCUUAAGAAAUUCAUACGAACUCCAGAAAUCCCUUCUAAGCAUGUAAGGAACUGGGUGCCUAAAGUGUUGGAACAGCGUCGUCAAGGCUUGGAAGCUUAUUUACAGAGUGUUAUUUUAGAAAAUGAAGAGCUUCCCAAAAUUCUUCUUGACUUCCUCAAUGUUCGUCAUUUUCCUUCUCUCCCCAAAGCAGAAAGUUGUGGUUCAUUUGAAGAGCUAGAAUCUGAAGAAUCAAGCAAACUGUCCCACCAGCCUGUGCUGCUGUUCCUAAGGGAUCCAUAUGUCUUGCCUACAGCCAAUGAUGACUUUCCAAAUGUAGUUAUUGAAGGUGUACUCCGUGGAUUAUAUUAUCCUCACCUACAGCCCAGGUAGAAAAGUGGGUUUUUAUGGACAAUAACCUAAUUCCAGUAAGAUGACAAGUAUAGUUAUCUUAAAAUCAUGGACAUGACAACUGCCAGGUAAAGCUUAAUUAUGGAAACAUUGUCUCUUUUAAACAUUGAAAUCAUUGUUAUUAAUAUUGCUGCUGUGAAAAGAAUUAUGAAUUGAGAAAACACUAGUCUGUUCAAUCUAUUUACCUAACUCUAAAUACUGAAACCUUAAAGGGUUUGUACACAGAAUUGCAUCAAGAACUUGUAUCACGUUUGACAGUUUGUAAUAAAUGACCACACUAAGCCUUUUGUCUUGGAAUGCUUGUCAGUAUGGUAUCCACUGCUGGCAGUAGAUACAGAGGACAUUAUAGUACGUGUUAGGCUGAAAAAUGCAAGCAUUAAGAAAACAGCUGCCAAAACUAGAAAUGAAAUAUAAACUUGAAAUAUUGUAUCAGUAUUUCUGAAGUCAUUAUUUCAUGAUGGUAUUAUUUUAGAUAGGUAAGGAAACAUUUAUAUGCUUGAAGUUUGGCUUCAAUGUAGCUUUAAUUUACUUCAGGACCCGGGCCACAAUCCUUGGGCUUCCAGACAGUACACUAUGCUUGUUUAGCAUAACCUUCUUGUAUUAAUUAGCCUACCCUUUUCUGUAACUGAAACAAGAACAAACAUGAUUAAUAAAAAUAAUCAGAUAAUAAAUAUUCAGAGCUCAGCUGUAUAAAAUGAACAUUAUACAUGUGUAUUUUGCAAGAUGUUGGACUCCAAAAUAAACAGUGCUA